CCUUCUACCAAAAGCCCGGCGCAGUCAUAUGUGGCGGCGCCCCCAAAUUCCAUCGCUGAAGGCAAGCGCUCCCGCCCAAACGCCGGCCAACCCUAGCUAGCCGCCGAGACCCCAACGACGACGAGGUGACGAGGCGCGAACCUCGAGCCCGAUCGGAAGCUGCUCGUUGGACUCGAGCGGCGCGACCACCAAGCAGGCUCCGGCGUCCAGCGGUGCCGCUAGCUCUAGCGGUAGAGGCAGGCGCGCGCUCGGCCACCGUGGCGGCUCGCCGCGUCGCAGCAGGGGUGUGUCGAAGAUAGAUCCGCUCCGGGUCGGCGACAUAGGGAAGGCGGCAGACGCUCCUUCUCCUCUGGGUCUUCAAUAGGUCGUCUACAAGAUCUCAUUUCUAUAACCUUUCGAGAGAAAAGAAAAAUUCCAACUUUAUUCGACUUCUGAGUUCUAGCCUCCAGGUGCCUUAAUGGUUCAUAUGAACUGUAUAUGAUUGUCUAUGAUGUGGAAUACCGCAACCAACUCAUUGCACCAAGAUUUGGGUAUUGUUAUUUGUAUUUUUAUCUUCUACACCGAGAUAUGCCAGGGCUUAGAAGUUUCUGCGCCGUGCAUUUGAGAAACUUACGCGACAGUGUUGCACCCUCAAUUGUUCAGUUGGCAAUUUGCCCUAUUGUGAAAGGGCGUGUUGAUGAUGCAAAGCCAAUUCUACUUGGUACUGGUCUAGUAUUGAGUCGUACACAUGAUCAUAUUGGAAUAAUUACGACUAUCAACUGCCAUCAGCGUGAGGGGUACGCGAUUGUUGCAAGAUUUGAUGAUGAAAACAACUUGGAGGUAGAAGUUGUAACCAAUAGUGGAUUGCUCUUUGGCUUGGUAGUGCGGGGUCAUGAUCUUACGGCGGUAGCAUGUAUUCCUGCCUCUUUCUAUUGUGGUGACAUUCCAAGAUCAGAGCCAGUGUUUGCUCUUGGGUGUUUGGGUGCCGAAAAAGGGAAGAUUAUUGUUACUGGACUUGUUAGUGUUGGUGACUAUGAGAAGGUGCUGAGACGAAUUGAAAUUGAAUCAUUUGUCCACUCAUGCCCAAUUGGAGAUGGGUUAAUUGGGGCCCCAGUUUUUAACUCAAGUGGUGAGGUUCUAGGAAUAAAUGUUGCUCGUACUCCUCAAUCAUCAACAAUAAAUUUCGCGUUGAAGGUUGAUGACUUCAGAGAGAUGUUGGCAGGCUUAGUUGGUGUGGAGACGGAUGUUCAAAUCCCACAACUUCUAGAAUUAUUCAGUGAGCAGAUAUCAAGAUUUGAAUCAAGAAAGGAGAAACAUGGUCCAAAAAGAAAGGCUGAAGUUUUAGAGAACACAGGAGGCACGGGUGAAGCUGAAGGCUCUAGGCGACGACACACAAGCAUGGGUGGUGGAUCGAGGAGGGGCGCAAAGUCCUGACAAUCACUUGGAAGGACUGAAUACAUUGGCUUUGCAGAAUUUCAGAAGUCAAUGUUGUGCAUUUUGUCAUCUUGGAUGGACGUAUUUUUUGGUCCAACAGUAUACCUAUGUAAUUGAGACAGUUGUCGUUUAAGUUAGGGAGCAGUGGCACUUGGGGCAUCCUGCAACCACAAGUCGGUUUGGUGCUCCCUUUUCAAGAGGUUGGCUAGAAAGUCUACAGCCCUGUUUUGAUUA